ACUUAAUCUUUCAUUCAGCGGCAGAAUUCAUAUGGGAUUUGUCACGUUGUUUUCAAGGAUAUAAAAGCAUGGAUCCCGCGAAGGUUGUUGAGGCCUUAAGCAGUACUCUUUCUGCAGAUAAGCAAGAAAAUGGAACAAAAGUACUCAAUGAGAUGCAUAAAAUCAUUGGUUUUGUUCCCACCCUGAUGAAGAUAAUUCUUGAGGAGACCGUAGACGUGAGUGUACGGCAUGCUGCAGCGUUAUAUUUUAAAAAUAAUAUUUCCGAGUGGUGGAAAGCAGAUGACUCUGAGGAGUCUGGCAACCUAAGGUUCAGUAUACAUGAACAAGAUAAACAGGUUGUGAGAGGUUCAAUAGUUGCAGCUAUUGUCUCUGCCCCAUUUCCGUUGCAAACCCAUCUAAAAGUAGCAUUGUCUAAAAUAAUUAAAUAUGACUUCCCAAUGCGCUUUCAAGAGUUUCCUGAACAAGUCAAACAUUUCAUUCUAUCAAACGAUCGACAUCAUAUGCGAGGAGCCCUAACAUGCCUAUAUGCUUUUGUUGAUACUUAUGCUUACCAGAAGAAUGAUGUACGUCAGCAUGUAGUCGCAACGAUGCAAGUCUUCUUCCCCAUUUUGUUCUCAACUAUGUCAAACCUCAUCGCUGAAGAGUCUGAAGACUCGUACAUCCUUCAAACAUUAAUAGCGAAGGCUAUCUUCUCAUUUAUACGGUAUCAUUUCCCUUUGGAUGCAAUGGAUAAAGAGUUGUUCGGUCGGUGGAUUGAAAUGUUUUGCACGGUGAUAGGAAAUUUUAAAAACAUUUCACCCGAUUCAUCAAAUCCAAUGUGGAAAUUAAAGAAGUGGUCGUUAAAAAUACUGAAUAGGAUUCUUACUCGUUACGGGAGUCCAGGAGCUGUUAUUAAGAAAUAUCAAUCAUUUGCCGACUGGUACACCAAGGCCUUUUCAGGACAAAUUAUCUCUGUGCUUUUAAAUAUAUGUGAAGUAUACAGACAAAAGUCAUUCGUAUCUGAUCCUGUCUUAAGUCAAACAUUAGAUUACUUUUCAUCAGCACUAGGGCAUUCAUAUUCAUGGAAGUUACUGCGACCCCACUUCUCACUGUUGGUUCGCGAAGUUAUAUUUCCCUUGAUGUCGUAUUCAGAAGAGGAUGCGGAGUUAUGGCAAGACGACCCAAUCGAGUAUAUCCGAGCGGAGGCUGGUGAUUGGGGCACUAUGUCUAGUCCAGGCAGUGCGGCGUCCACACUCCUUAGUGAGGCGUGUGUGAAACGUCGUGGUGUGCUGCAUAACAUUAUGCCGUUUUGCAUCCAUAUAUUGACUUCCGACAGCUCACCUAUUGAAAAGGAUGCAGUUUUAAAUAUGUAUACAGCUAUAGCAGAAAUCUUACUCAGGACAUCUACAUAUAAGUCUCAGUUGGAGUCAUUUCUUGUGGGUCAUGUACUGCCAACUUUACACGCUCCUGAAGGUUAUCGUCGUGCAAGAGCCUACAGGCUGUUGGAAAAAUUGUCUGAAGCAAAAUUCAAUGACCAAAAUAUUUUCGCUCAGGUUGUUGAUGAAGUACGGAAAGCCGCAUGCUUUGAUUCGGAAUUACCGGUUCGUGCAUUCGCUGCACUCUGUCUAGCUGAAUUAGUCAGAUCACAAAAAACUGCGCAUCAAUUUGUGGCUCCUCAUUUACACGAACUUCUGAUGCGCCAACUAGAGCUACUCCGACAAACAGAAUUCGAUGAUCUGAACAGUGUGAUUGAAGCGCUGAUACACGCAUUCGAAAAGGAGACCAUUCCAAUUGCUGCUGAUCUUAUGCAAAACUUAUCGCAUACUUUCCUCCAACUUGUUGAUGUAUCUGAGAAUGGAUUAUCUGAAGAAACAAAUGAACGUGGCGACACGGAAGACGUCUUUGAAUACCGGUCGAUAGUUGCCACAAGUGUUUUAGAUAAUAUGGAGUCUAUUCUACAAGUUGCUGAAGAGCAUGAAAAUCUUGUUGGACAACUUGAACCGAUUGUUGCCAGCUUGAUUCAAACUAUAUUUGAUCGUAAUCUAAGCGUAUUUUAUGAUGAAGCAUUGACCUUUGUCUUUUCGUUGACAACAAAGAACAUAUCACCAAUCAUGUGGGAACUUUUCAAACAACUUUAUCCUGUGUUUAAGAAGGAUGCAUGUGAAUGCUUUUCAGAAAUGAUGCCGUGUUUACACAAUUAUAUCACUGUGGAUCAUGCAGCUUUCUUAUCUGACCCUCAACGGAUCGAAGUAGUUACAACUAUGUGCUCAGAGGUUUUCCAAAUGGACGAUGAAGAAAGACUGCAAAUGCAUGCUGCAAAAUUAUUAGAAGUUAUUCUACUAGAUUAUCGAGGUCAAAUCAAUCCAUAUGUACCGAAAUACAUUGAACUGGCUCUUGCACGUCUUACGCGUCCUCUUACCACAAGUGAAUUAAGAACACUUUGUAUACAGGUUGUGAUUGCUGGCCUACUUUAUUCUCCUAUGGACAUGCUUCAAAUGAUGACAGAACAUCCAUGGCCAGGAACUGAAGUCAACAUUUUGUCGGGAUUCUUAAAACAAUGGCUUAGUGAUGCUAACUCCUUCGCUGGAUUACAUAAUCGUCGUGUUUGUGUUCUGGGUCUUUGUUUAUUAGUGUCUCUACCAGCUGACAAAAGGACAGAGGCUAUAACAGCAGCCAGUAACGAAUUUAUUCCAACAUUGUUGCUACUUUUCUCAGGCUUGAAAAAAGCAUAUGCUGCAAAGGCGUCUAAUCAAAAUGAUGAUGAUUCUGAGGAAGAGGAAUCUGAAGAAGAGGAAGACUUAGAUGGAAAAGCUUUAGGUAGCGAUGAAGAUGAAGUGGAUGAAGAAAGUGUUCGUUACUUAGAAAUGUUGGAAGCUGAUGAGAAUUCACAUGAUGAUGAUGACGACGACGAUGAUGAUGAUGACGAAACAGAUGAGGAAGAGACGCUGGAAGCAUUUGAUACACAAAUGGAUAAGAAUGAAUGUGAUAUGGAUGAAUAUGUUACAUUCUAUCGAAUAAUGACAGAAUUGGAACGUACUGAUUUUGCUUGGUAUGGUCAAUUGAUUAAUCAUCUUAGCGCUGAACAACAAAAUGAUCUUAAAGAGGUGGUAGAAACAGCGCUGAAGUGUAUUCAACAGAAAGAAUCUAAAAUUAUUGAACAAGCUGGUGGGUACACUUUCUCACCGGUUAUUCCAAGUAAUUUUGAUUUCGGAUCACCAAAUGGACAGGCGAAAUGAUUCAACCUUCACAAUGUAUGUUUGUAUAGAUAAUGAUAAGAAGAAUUAAUUAAUUAAUCAAUUAAUUAGUUAAUUAAUUGGGUUGAUUAAGUAGGGAAAACAAAGUGUACUACACAUUUCACAUGCUCCUCUUAAUAUAUCUUGAAUAUCUUUUUAAUUGAACAAAAGCAGACAACAAUGCAAUAAACGUGUGGGUACCUCUCUCUCUCUCUCUCGCAUUAUCUGUCAGAUGAUCUCUAUUCUUCCUUUCACCACCACCUAGCAAUGUACACACGCUCAUACAUUAAGAGAGACACAGACUUGUUCUUUUCAAUCUUCUGAGCUAUUUAUUUGGUCCGCUGUUUUCGGUUUCUCUAAAUGAAAACAAGAGAAACAACAAUUUCUAUGAUUUCUUUUUGGGCUUUGCUUCAUAACUGUAAGUUUCUUUCAGUUGUUUUAUCUCCUUCACACACACACACACACCUGCAUUGAUGAUGACCACUCUUAUUUCAGUGUGUCAGUGGCUUGAUUUUUCUUGGGACUAUUAUUACUAUUAUUAUUAAUAUUAUUGCUAUAAUUUUUGAAUGAAAUGAUGAUUAAUUCAAUGCUCCUUUCUUUUGGUGAGCAAUCGCUUUGAUUUGCCUUUUAUUCAGGAAUUUUCUUUUUUUAAAUAAAAAUUAUUCUUCAUAGUUUUGUCCCAGCACCCCACCUCACUAACCCCCACCUCUCUUCCCUAAAACUAGUUCCACUACUUGAUCUAGUGAUUUGUAAGUGAUGCGUAACAAGUUCUAUACACAUAUAUAUUCAUAAGAAGUGGGUUAAUAUUGCUUUUUGUUAUCUUUUGUCUUUUUUCCCCUGAUGGUGACUAAUUGUAUCAGAUAUUAUUAGACCCUGUUUCCUUCAUGAUUGUGGUGUUAUGUUGACGACAGGUUACGAUUUUUACGGGAAUGUCCUUUUUUAAAUCGAAAACAAAGACUAGACCUGCUAUUGUGU